AUGGCGUCCGAUAUCAACCCUCCUACCAGCAGCAGCAGCGGCCGUAUCUCCCCUCGUCGCCCACUUCCAAACGGCAAAACCGUCGACACCGCUACGAACCCUGACGCGCAAGGAACCGCAGCCGCAGAAACAGAAGGCAUCUGGGACACCAUUCUCAAAAGCGUCGCAACGACAAAAGUCACUCAAACAAAGAAGCUGCUGGUCGUCGGCGACGCCCAAGCUGGCAAAACCACCGUGAUCAACGCGAUCAAACAGUUCAAGGAGGAAGAGGUCACAUCUCGGAAAAAGGCUACAUUCACUGCACCAGUGGAGCUGGCCCUUUCGUACAACUAUAUGGAUGUAACGGACGAGGAGAACGAAGACGUCAUUGCACGCGUGGGGAUAUACCAGCUGGCCAGUGAUGCGGCCUUUGAGAACCUGAUGCGAUUUGCAUUGAGUUCGGAGGAUCUCGCCGAUGCCUUGGUGGUGAUUGUGAUGGACUGGACACGGCCCUGGACGUUCGUGCGCGUAUUGGGGAACUGGCUCAGCGUAAUAGAGCGGCACAUCAACAAAUUGUUAGAAAAGGAGCCAGAUAGGCUGCGACACCUCCAAGAGCGAGUGGAGGCUUACUACCGCGGAUAUCGAGAGCCUGCCCCGGACGUCCAAGGGUCGACCGGAGACCUGUCCGGGAGAGAAUCAACCACUGCCAGAAUCAGUGCCCAACACCCGGUCGAGACACCUUUGGAUCAAGGGGUUCUGACGAAGAAUCUCGGAAUACCAAUAGUAUUUGUGGCAGCCAAGUCCGAUGCUACGACCGCGCUGGAACGCGAUCGCGGAUUGAAAGAGGAGCACUUUGACUUUAUCCAGCAGACACUGCGGACACUGUCUCUGAAAUACGGCGCGUCUUUAUUUUACACUUCCACAAAGCGCUCAGAUACACUCGACAACCUCCGCAGCUACAUCCUCCAUCGUCUGUUCUACCAUCCAGGGCCAAGCUCCGGACCGAACAACCAGUUGCGACCACCGCCCACAUCGGUCGCUGAUACGUCCGUGUUCCAGUACACACAUCGGCCACAAGUGGUCGAUCGCGACACGGUGGCUGUACCAUGCGGUUGGGAUAGUUGGGGGAAGAUAAGGGUAUUGAGAGAAGGCUUUGACUGCGCGGCGAUCGCGGAGGGAGAAAGUCCGGCGGUUAGUCCGAGGGGCAGUGGCGACGGACAUAUCGUUCCAUCGAGCAAGUCGGCAGAGAUUUAUGAGACGGUGAUUCCUUCGCCCUCCGUACAAGAGUCAUUACUGGCAGACCCCACGAUGACGAUCGAAUCCGAGCAAACCUUCCUCGAACGGCAUCUCGAGAUCCUGCAAACCACCGCUGCAUCCUCCCCUCGCGGACCGAAUCGCUCGCCGUCAAGCUCCACUACCUCGUUACUGGACGGGAAGAAAACCUCUCGUCCGUCGACUGCGAGCGCCGGGAACUCGCAGGCAUCGGUGAAGGUAAAAUCUGCGGCGGCGUCGUCACCAGAUGACGCGGCUGCUCGGUUGUCGAAGGUUACGAGGAGGGACUCGAGCACGACAAAAAGCACCUCUCCCCAACCCUCCCCGACAUCCGUCGACCACAACUUCUCCCUCUCUAUCCCCGCCACCGCCAAAAUCGCCGCUCGCAGCCGCAGCGGAACAACCUCCUCCCCACUUAGCCCGCCCGCCACCCACUCAUCCACCUCCGCCCUCUCCACCGCCUCAAGUUCCACAUCUGUCGCCCCCAACACAUCCAGCAGCGCCCCAACAACACAAUCUACAACCACAACCGCAGGAGGUGGAGGCCCACCCCUAUCCUCCCAAAACGAAGUCCUAGCAAACUUCUUCCAGUCCCUCCUCGCCAAAAAGACGACCACCGCGACCAGUCUAUCCACCACCGGGUCUGCACAGGGGUCGUUGACUUCGUUGCAUGCGGCUUCGGGGGGGAGUACGAGGGGUAGUGUUGUGAAUAGGGGUGAGAAGGAGAGGGAGAGGGAGGGUGUGUUGCCAGGGGUGGCGAGGAGGAUUUCGGGGCUUGGGGGAACAGGUGGGGAGGGAAGGGCGGAGGAGGGGAGGAAGUGAGGGAAGGUGGUUAUGUGAUGUGCUGUGUGUGCCUUUUGCGUGCGUGCGAGAAGGGCGAUUAGGGCGAUAUGCUCAGUCGCCCCCUCUGAGCACCUAUGUUACUGCCCUUGUCAGGAUAGAUCCACCACGGAUAUCAUAUCUUGCGCACCCCCAUCCCUUCCCAAUCAGCGCCCGUAGAUACCGGAGAAUCAUUGCAGCUGGAACCGCAUCUACCGACUAUAUGUUUAUAUCCCAUCUGAAUUCACAUACUGAUGAGACGAC